GGAGCGGCCCCGGUUGCGCCGCCGUGGCGACGCGCGGGGGGAUCCCGGGAUGUCCUCGUCGCCCGUGGAGGAGUGCCGGUCGCCCGUGGGGCUGGACUGCUGCAGCUGCUGCCUGGACUUGGCCAACCGGAGCGGGCUGGAGGAGGGGGCCGGGGGCGAGAACAACAACCUGGGCAGCCCCACCGUCAGCAGCUUCCGGCAGCUGCAGGAGCAGCUGGUCCGCAAGAACCUCAACACCGACAAGCUGAGCUCCAUCAUGCGCCAGGACUCGCUGGAGCCCGUCGUGCGGGACCCCUGCUACCUCUUCAACCAGGGCAUCUGCAACAGGAACAUCGACCAGACCCUGCUCUCCAUCCUCCUGCUCUUCCACAGCGCCUCCGGAGCCAGCGUGGUGGCCAUCGACAACAAGAUCGAGCAGGCAAUGGAUCUUGUGAAAAAUCACCUGAUGUAUGCAGUGCGGGAGGAAGUGGAGGUCCUGAAAGAGCAAAUCAAAGAACUGUUGGAGAAAAACUCCCAGCUGGAGCGUGAAAACAGCCUCCUGAAGACCCUCGCCAGCCCUGAGCAGCUGGAGAAGUUCCAGUCCCGGCUCCCUGCAGAGGUCCUGUGCACAGAGGAGCAGAGCCCCGGGGCAGCUGCCCCAGCCCAGCACUCAGGGGGCUCUGCGGUGUAAGGUGGCUCUGUCCUCGGGGUGGGCAGAGCCACAGAACUCUUUCUACUUAAUCUCCUGCAAAAUCGUUUCUGCCUUCAUCUCACACGAAGGACUGCCAGACCCCGGCGCUGAGCCGUGCCUCCCCCUGGGCAAACCUGGCCAGCCAGCAGAGCCAGUGGCCGUCUCCUGCACGAGGAUGCUCUUCUGCGAGGGAGAUGCGGGCAGCUGACCACUCCCCAUCCAACCACCUGCCGUGUGCCAGGAGUAAAUCUGUGGCCCGCCCAUCCCAGGCUCUGUUGAAACCUGGGCAUCUGCAACACCCUGGCAGUGCCAGGUGGCCUUUGGCACUUUAAUGGGAAUCCACGGUUGGAGGAGCGCAUGCUGAGUCCUAUGCCUUUGCUGCACUGUGCAGGGGGGGGUGUCUCUUUCUGGCAAAGCCUGACGUUGGAGGAAGACCGUUGUUUAGUGAGCGAUGCAGAUUUGUCCCGCUAGCCACCCAGGAGCGUGCUCGAACCCAAACCUGACUCUGAGCAGCAUCGGUGGUGGCAGUUGCGGUGUAGUGCAUGGCUGUACGCACAUCAGUGUGGGGAUUACAAGGAAAAAAAAA